AAUAAUUAUUUCUUGAACGAGAGAACACAACGUUAGCAUAUGCUCGGGGGAAUCUAUCUGCCCGUCAAGAUUCUUCUCUGAUUGAAACCAAAUCCAAGAUUUUUCCAGAACCCAUAAGAAUCACUACCUGCUACAGCAACUGUUCUUCUCUAAUUCAUCUAGGGUUUCCCAUACACUCUUCGAAUCAACUCCCAAUGUUCUACACCAACUUCCAUCGAAUCCCAACUCUAUUUUAAUUUUCUGAUUUAAUCAGCAAUUUCAGGUGAUUUUUCUUCAAAUUUCUACUCUCAACUGAUUAUAUCAUUGCCCAUAUAUAGAUUAUAAUCAGUUGAAAGUUCAUUAGUCCUGCAUCAAGCUUCAACCUUUUUUUUCUCGACUAAUUCCCAACAGAUUACUUCCAGAAUCAGUUGUUAUUAGAUUAAUUCCAGAAAAAAAUGUCACUUGUUUGUGCGUGCCCUAUUCUCGAAUGCGUCUACUGUUUAGGUUGUGCUCGUUGGGCAUGGAAGAAAUGUCUAUACACCGCCGGUCGAGAAAGCGAGAACUGGGGUUUCGCGUCUUCAACUGAAUUCGAACCUGUCCCACGCAUUUGUAGAUAUAUUUUAGGCGUUUACGAGUUCGACAUCCGUAACCCACUCUGGGCUCCACCCGGAGGAUAUGGAAUUAAUCCCGAUUCCGUGGUUUUGAAGAAAAAUUACGACGAAAAUCAAGGGAAGGUGUCGCCUUAUAUGAUUUACAUCGAUAAAGACAAUCAAGAUAUACUUUUGCUUAUUAGCGGUUUGAAUAUGGCGAAAGAAAGUGAUUUUUUACUCUUGCUUGAUGAUAAAUUGGGACAGACGAAGUUUGAUGGAGGGUAUGUUCAUAAUGGGUUAUUGAAAGCUGCUCAAUGGGUGUUUGACACGGAAUGUGAUGUUUUGAAAGAAUUGGUUGAAAAAUAUGAGGAUUAUACUUUGACUUUUGCUGGACAUUCUUUAGGGGCAGGGGUUGUUACUUUGUUGACUAUGUUGGUGGUGAAGAACAGAGACAAAAUUGGAAAUAUUGACCGAAAAAGGAUCAGAUGUUUUGCAAUUGCUCCUGCUAGAUGUGUGUCACUGAAUUUGGCUGUCAGAUAUGCUGAUGUCAUCAAUUCUGUUGUUCUUCAGGAUGAUUUCAUGCCUAGAACAAGUGUAGCAUUGGAAGUACUCUUCAAGUUCCUUUUUUGUUUCCCGUGCAUAUUGUGUGCCACUUGUUUAAAGGAAACAUGCACACUGCAAGAGCACAUGCUUCAAGAUCCAAGACGUUUAUAUGCACCUGGUCGCCUUUAUCAUGUUCUUGUCAGGAAACCAUUCGGGGUUGGAAGAAUUUCACCUACUGUGAAAACAGCUGUGCCAGUGGACGGGAGAUUUGAGCACAUGGUUAUCUCAUGCCAUAUAAUUAGUGAUCAUUCAAUUGCUUUAAUGGAGCGUGAGUUUCAAAGUGCACUUGAUACAUUGAAGGAGAAAGAUCAUGUGAUGGAUAUCCCAACACAACAAAGGAUGGAAAGGAGUACAUCUUUAGCCAUGGAGCACAGUGAGGAACACAAGGCGGCACUAGCCAGAGCGGUUGCACUAGACGUUCCGGAAGCUUACUUGCCUAGUGAAUAUGGAACCUUCCAGAAGGCUCAAAGCAUGAAUGACUCAGCCCAUGGGUCCUCAAGGAGACAAAGCUGGGAUGAAUUAGCUGCGAGGAUUCUUGACACAGAUGAAAAAGGUGAAAGUGUGUUGAAGAGUGAUUGGUAUUGAAGAUUUUUAAAAGAUAGAUUUUUAGAUACAUCAUAUAUGUAUGUAUUUUCAGAAUCACCAUUCUUUUGUAAGAUUCAUGUGCUUGUAUAGCUUAUCGAGUUAUUAUAAAUAACUUGCUCAAUUUGUUGUUUCUUAAAUCAUAAAUGGUUGGGUGGGUCUAAGACCUAUUUACGAACAUGUAAAAUAGCGUAUUUCAAGUC